AUGCCAAGCUUGUGUGACCUUCCGAACGAGCUGCUCACCGAGUUUGCGCGGUACUACCCCGCGUUGUACUGCCCUCUGCAAGCGGACGCCAUGCCAUUGGGCACCCAAGCAAAUGACUACACAGGAGUGGACACGCUCCGCGCACUGGCGCAGACGUGCGUCCAUCUGAGGGCGGUCUUCCAGCCACUGCUGUGGCGAGAUGCCUCUCUCUAUUUUGAGCCGCGGAAACCGGGGCGUUAUGGCGGAACUGGCCGCCGCCGGGAGCGGAAGGCGGAGCGGAAGUUGGCGGCGCUGAGGAGGGCGGUGGAUGUGCACGGCUACAUUCGCUCGCUCACUGUCACACUUCACGAGUGCACGGUGGACAACUGGCACCCCGUUGUCGAGCUGGCGCGCGUCUUGCAGUGCCUCCCGCGGCUGGUCACUCUAGUCAUUACCGGCAUCCGCGCCUCGGCGGGCUCCGCGAAGAACCUUUGCGCGUCGCUUAUGAAGACGGCCUUUGAUGGGAAAACAUUCCCGAGCGUUAAAGACCUAACAACCGACACCAACGACACCGACAUUGUCCUGGCGCUAGAAUCCUUUCCCCGCCUCACCGCCCUCAAUAUGGGCGACAUGGCCAUCCAGAUCCGAGUCGGCGACUUGCGCUUGAUCGCUGAAUACUGCCCCCACAUCGAGAGACUGCACAACAUAUGGCUUCCCUACAGCAAUGAAAUCGAUAUGCUACCCGAGCUUGCCCGCGCGCUCUCUGGAGGUUUUCCCAAGCUAAGAUAUCUCUCUCUUACGGGGGGGAUCACGAAGGAAUGCCUUCAAGGCCUCGCGCUGUGCCGAUUCCGGCAUUUGGAGCAGCUCACGCUGCGCUACACGGAACGAGUACCGUUUACUUGCGACGCCGGCACGACGGUGCGAAGUAUUGUCCCAGACGCGCUUGUAGAGGACUUGGUCGCGGAGUGUGGUAGGAUUCUGACCGCGUCGGGUGCGAAGAAUCGGCGCAUGGUGUGCAUCGAGUUUAAGCAGCAGUCGUGGAUGCCGCGCCGGGACCGUAUCGUGGAAACUACAGAGACGUUUCAUUUUUGA